AUGGCACAUAUUUGGAGUCUUCAUCGUGAAAGGCUCAAAGUGACGCCGCUGAAACAUCUUCUGCCGUGCUGUGAUGAGAUCGGCCGGGAGAACCUGACCGGACUCGACCUUUGCAAGUCUCUGUGAGCACUCUCUCAUCACUCAAUGGAGACCAUGCUCAAUGGAGUGGUCUCCAUUGAGCAUGGUCUCCAUUGAGUGAUGAGAGAGUGGAUCGUACUUCCAAUGUUCAGCAGCACCUUUUGAACUUUUUCAGUCUGAUAACUAAUCCAAACUGCGACCAGAUGCCGUGCAAAGGCUCGUACUUUUGUUCUGAGGAGCUUGAGCUCUGUGCGCACCAGAAGAGUGGGAAAAGCACCAGUCUCCUUGGUUGGACCGAAGUUGCCACAAGUGGCUGAGAACUCUCUUUCGUGUCGGAAUACUGAAGUAAACCUGACGCACGUUUUCGAAAAAGUACAAGGCUUUGCAAGGUUUAUACAAAACAUUUCUAACACUGAUCGUACACGUCCAGAAGUUCUGUGAAAAUUUUUUUUUCAAGUUAGACUAUGGGGUACAGGAGCACGGAGGAGUGGGACAGUGCACCAGUCUCCUUGGUUGGACCGAAGUGCCACUCAGAGGUUCCGAGUGGCUGAGAACUCCCCUCCGGAAAGAGUGACCGAGGUCAUGCUCGACACGAAUAUCCCCAUGUCAAAGAGCCGGCUGGAAGCCCCCUUUCUUCUUUCUGACCGAAGCCAAGAAGAAGCUCACCCUUUUGGAUUGAAAGUGAAAAUCGCAAAACGACCGGUAUCGACGAAGCAGUUUGAUCGCAGUGGAUAUUUACUAUGA